CUGCUACAGUUUUGUCGGCAUGGUAAACCAAAAUGGCCAACCCGUGAAUCUUGGGACAAGUUGUUUGAAGCAGGUUGGCACUCCUAUCCACGAGAUCGGCCAUGCAAUGGGUUUCAAUCACGAACAAAGUCGCUCCGACAGAGACUCUUACGUUACCGUGCUGCUAGCCAACGUUCAGAGUUCCAUGGUAUCGAAUUUUGACAAAAGAACAACGAACAACUUCAACGUUCCAUAUGACUAUACUCUUCCGUGAUGCACUAUUCUUCAACUGCAUUCGCCAAGCCAGGAAAGGAAACUCUGGUCGCAAAGGAUCCGUUUGGUCAGAUGUUCAUGGGUUCACGUAGCGGCUUCUCCUUCAUGGACAAGAGGAUUGCCAACCUUCAGUACAAGUGCAUAGCCGUGUAUCUACGCAAGUGUCGCAGAGCCUCUGAUCCCUGUAAGAACAACGGCUACUUCGGACCCUCUUGCAAGUGUGAAUGCCCGCCUGGAACUUCAGGAACUUAUUGUCAAAUCUACAGACAAGGAUACAUACAAGCCCUGGCUUCGACCAAAAGCCCCCGCAGUAGAACUAUCACAACUGCAGGCACUGUCACUUCGACCGGCUACCCGCGUCCCAUCACGGCCGUCGACGAGUACAUACAGUUGAUAAAGGCACCGACGUGCAAGAAAGUUCGACUGACGUUCAAAGCUUUCAAGCUGUACCCACGCAACGCCAACACCUGCAUCUUCCAACAACUGACAAUCCGUAGAAACGUUGAUCUCUCCAUUUCUUCGACGUGA